UACGGAUUAUACUUUUCCGAUAAGCAAAGUCAUUUCCACUAUAUUUAUGCACUCGCUUCCAUUAAUACCCUGUAUUUUACUUAUUUUAAAGUUCUUUUUUUUUCUAUCUAAUUCAUUACUUGAAGAAUUAAUAUAAGUAUGAAAUAUCUUAUCUCUAGAUCUUUUUAACUCCAAAACAACAACUUCGACGAUCCAUUACCCAUACGAAUUUUUUCAUUACUUUUUUAGGUAUCCCAAGCUCCAAAAACAACAAUUUAAACGAUCCAUUAUUAUCAAUUUAUCAACCAUAAGAGUUUUUCAUAAAAUUUAAAAGAAAUUAAAGCCUUGCCUUGUCAACAAGAAAAUUCUUUUUCUCAUUUGAAUAUGUUGGAUUUGGACCACAACCCAAUCAAACCAUCUCUUUCCUCCCUUCUACAUAAUCCCACUCCAGAUUCCCUCAAAAAAUUGCCCUUUAAAGAUUCACUAAUCCCUUCUUUUAUUAUACAAACUACUUCCUUUUUUCAUUUUUCUCCAUCAUUAUCAAAGGGGUUUUGGGGGUUUUAGCUGAUCAUCCUUUUCUCCAGAAAACUGUCAAACCCCACUUCUUAAUUUCCAUCAAAUCCGUUUAAUUUUCAUGGGUAACUGAAAUUAAUCAAGUAAAACAAGAAAUUAACAUCUGGGUCUUUUCGCAAUUUGGGAUUUCAUUGUUCAACUAAGAAUUGUUGUUCUUGCUGUUGGUUUUGGUUGAGCAAUGGAUUCUCAAGUUUUGGUUGCUCUUGCUCUCUCACUUGUUGGUGGAUUAAGCACAUCCUUAGGUGCACUCUUUGUGGUCCUCAGUGAUGCGCCAAACUUGAAGAUGCUUGGACUCUUACAGGGCUUCGCUGCAGGUCUUAUGCUUAGCAUAUCAUUUUUUGAUUUGGCUCACAAUGCCAUAAAUUCUAUUGGCUUCUUGAAAGGGAAUAUUUGGUUCUUCUCAGGUGUCAUUUUCUUUGCAAUUAUAGCCAACUUCAUCCCAGAACCAUCACUGGCUCCUACUUCAAAUGUUAAAAGUAAAAAGCGCGCAAAUGGAGAAGACAAAGGCAAAGACUUAAUGAAGAAGCAUCGUCGCCAAGUCAUGUACAGUGGCAUAAUAACAGCCAUAGGUAUCAGCUUACACAAUUUUCCAGAGGGAAUGGCAGUUUUUCUUGGAUCCAUGAAGGGCCUUCGAGUGGGUCUUAAUCUAGCUUUGGCUAUCGCUCUGCACAAUAUUCCCGAGGGUGUCGCUGUUGCUCUUCCAGUUUACUUUGCAACACAAAGCAAAUGGCAAGCAUUUAAGAUAGCAUCACUCUCUGGUUUGGCUGAGCCCCUAGGUGUUAUAAUUGUAGCUUACUUAUUCCCAACCAGUUUAAAUCCUGAGAUUCUCGACGGCCUUCUGGGAGCAGUUGGUGGAGUGAUGGCUUUCCUUACCUUACAUGAGAUGCUGCCUCUGGCAUUUGAUUACGCUGGUCAGAAACAAGCGGUCAAGGCUGUUUUCUUCGGCAUGGCUUUUAUGUCGGCAAGCUUGUAUUUUCUGGAAAUCAGCCUUCCAGCAGAUUUGAGUUUAUAACUGAAACUUUCACUCGGGUUGAUGACAACGGUUAUACAUUGCUCGCCUGCUCGGCACAGUUCUCUCUACUCCGUAAUCUCUACACUUCCGCCUUCACUAAACACGGUCAUAUCGCCGUUUGAAGUGAAGCCUGCAACCCUCUGAAGAUGAACUGGGUAACUGGUAGUGUAACUAAUUACAGUUGAAAGAAUAAAUUAUGUGAAUAAAUUAUUUUUUUAGGGUUACCAUUGAACAACUAUCAUUGGGAAAUCUAUAAAAAAUUCGAAAGUUGAAGCUA